AUGACUGCUUCUAAACGAAUGUCAUUACAGGCCCUUGCAGCCGUACAGAAAAAAUAUAGUUCGGCUCAUUUUUCGCCGCAAAUAGUUUAUAAACCCAAAUUAGGGCGCGAAAUAUGGGCCUCACCACGAAUAAGUCUACGCAGACAGGCCGAUAUGCGAAAGAAUUGUAUAGCAUUGGGAAUUGAUCCAUCUAGCAUUGGAUUACCCGAAAAGAAGGAGAAAAAACCUCCAAGAGUCAUACCUCCGAAAGGAAAAAAACAUGAAAGAACUGCAGCCGAAAGAACUGCCAAAGCCGUACAGGAUAUGGACAAGACUAUCGAAAAUUGGCGCAAGGAAAAGAGGGAAGAAUAUCAACGUGCGAAACCCGUGUUGCCAUUUUAG